CUAUUUUCAAACUGCAACAUCAUUUUAAACAACUUUUAUGUGUUGAUAGUGUUUACCGUUGUGGUAAUAUACCGUAGUAAAUAGACGUCAUUGUACAUCGUAUGACUAGACUAUUAAUGAAGACUACAAUGACAUUUAAUAUUGAAAUCUAGACGGGUUAAGAAGUAAUUUCAAACGGUCCGAUUUUGAAUUAGAAAGUAAUUUGAAUUGAAAUGUGAAUUUUAGAAGCUGACGUAAUAACAGCGAGUGGACUAAAAGCAUACACCCCACAGUGAAAUGAAAUGAACUUUUAGAUCGAAAUAAAAUUUGGACAAAGAAUUGUGCAUUUGCUCAUUGUUAACAUUAUAUUCUGGUAUUGAAAGUGUCAUUCUUCGAUUUAGGGAUAAUAAACAUUUACUAAAAGAAUGAUAAAGGACAAAAUCAUGAGUCAGAAAGUUGUUAAUUGUACUGUGAUAGGAGAUGGAAUGGUAGGAAAAACUUCUCUAGCUUUGGCGUUCGUCAAUAAGCAGCCUCCCGGAGAGGCUUAUGUCGCUACAGUAUUCGAUAAUUAUGCUGGUACAGUGUCAGUGCACGGAGAACAAUACACGGUUAGCAUCUUUGACUCACCAGGACAGCAUGAUUAUGAAGACGUGCGAGCGUUCAGUUACCGAGACAGUGAAGUCAUUAUCGUCUGCUACAGCGUCAAUGACGUGGACUCUUUACAGAAUAUCAAAGACGUCUGGAUACAGGAAGCAAAGUCCCAUGUUAAACGUAAAAAGCCUAUUAUUCUCAUUGGUUGCCAGUCAGACGUCCGACUUAAGCGCCGACAUUCGUCCGGAGAUAGUUAUGUGACUCUAGAAGAAGGCGAGGCCUUUGCAAAAGAGAUUGGAGCCGAUGCAUACCUCGAAUGUUCCUCGUUGACAAUGGACGGUGUAACGGAAGUAUUCUCAAGUGUAGUUAAUCUUGCUCUCAAGAACCGGAAGAAGAAGAGCAGAAUUUUUAGCAGGUUGCUAAGGCGAUAGACACGCCAAGACACGUGACAUAUGUCAGAAGUUAUAUUCUAGUACCGAUCUCCAGUAUUAUAAAUAUAUUAAAUAUAGGUCAAGUAUUUUUUGCAUUGCUUUCUUUUCGCAUUUAAUCAAAAGCUUUGCAAAAAAUUCUUGGAUCCCAUACCAUAUAUAUAAACCAAGGGAAAUGUGCAAUAUUAUAAGACAAUGCAUUGCGUAAAUAUAUACAGACGAUAAAAAAUUUAUGAACUUCCUGUUCAGAACAGUUGACACGAGUGCGAGACUAUCAAAGCUUCGAUUGGACAAUCAUAUUUAGAAUGUUAUACUCGUUAUGAUAUUCAAUUUAGCAAGUCUACAAUCUUGCGUUUUAAAAUUUCUCAAAACGUACAGUUUCAGCCGAAGUAAGAAUUAUAACCUUCUUCAAGUUGUGCCAGAAACUUUAUUAACUUCUCUAGUAAAUGUUUAUAUAAAUCAACGAUAAAAAUACAAAACGGUGCUUGCUCAUAACAAUACGCUGCCGUUGAGAAUGUGUUCACUUGCAGUUGAUAUUUCGUCCUAUACUCAUGCAUAUGUAUCAAGAUUACCAUGCUAUAAAUCUAUUUAUAUUGUAUGCAUAAUACACAAUUCAUGUACACAAUCAUGUCAUUUAUGCUGCUGGCCGGCAUAUACUAUGUAUGUAUUUAUAAACUAUUUCAUGAAAAUGUUAAAGAAUAAAAUGUCUAACCUGA